AAGUAAAUUUUCCAUUUCAAAUGCAAAAUCACGUAAUCAAAUAUGGCCUUUAAUAAGAAAAGUUGGCUCAGAACUAGCAAAGAAGACAUACACCCACAUUUAUAUAGUACAAUCCCUCCUAUUACAAACGAGUAUCGUCUGUGACAAGAACAAGUCCUAGUUUCACAGAACUUUAAUCUUUGUAACAUGUGAUUGAGAUUCGUAAAUUUUAACUAUGUGCUACAUAUGAAGACUGCCUUAGAGGGUCGUACCCCUCCAUCGCCCGUCCAGCUGCCGCUCCAGGUUUUGAUAAAUGCCAAACCCUCGUGGAUAUGAAGAGUUGUUGAACAUCUCAAGGCGUAAAACAAGGCAUGUUUUUCGCGACGAGGCAAAACAACGAUGUAGCCUUACCUACAUUGAUGUUAUGGCUAGGACUGAAGAAACUCGGUUUGGGCAGAUGAUUUUGGAUGAAUCUCAGGACUUCUAUAAAAAGCAGCAGCUGCGUGAACUUGCAAUGAUCAAUGGCACCCUUCGUGAUGAUGGUUCUCAAAUGUCUGGGUCCAUGUCCCCCUUUAACAGCCUUGGAAUGAAGAGGGCCAAAACCACAGUGUGAGUGAUAAUUCUUCCAUUAGAGGGAUUUGAAGUUCACUCAGCAUGCUGUUCUAGACCACUAGUAGGAAACAGUGUCAUUGCCGCAGUGGUUGCAGUGCAGCCCAUGCCUCCCAACCAUAAUUGGGGCGCCUGCGCAAUCAUCUAUAAGAUAAACGGUAUGGCGUGUGUGUAUUGGCUGGAGAUAUUCAGCUGGGAACAUCGCAAUAACAAACUAUUUGCUCGUGAUGGUUUUGCCCGCUCGAAUCUCCACUUCUUAGUUUCGUUGGAUCAACGGCUAUCCGCAUCUGG